AUGUCUCGAGGACAACCCCGUCUAACAGAGCAGCACGCUGUCGGUGAGGCCGGUCGCACUUACGAGGGAAACCAAAUGGUGGGAAGAACCUUCGACUUUUCUAUUAGGGGUAAGACCACCUUCACAUGGUUUAAGACUUCAGGAGUGCUGAUACCAGAAAUAGAAUAUAAAGAGAGGGUGCGACAAAUAUACCGCAAAUACGUCGAUUCCAUUGGGGAUUUCAACCUCAAUCAGGAAAACGUCGAUUCGUUCAACCCGAACCAGGAACUCCUGGACACGGUAUUCAAGACAUGGGUUGCCGAGGGCACACUGGAAUGGCCCGGCGCUGAUCAAAGGGACAAACUUGACAUCAGGCUGGUGGACCUAGGCACGAUCCUGAAUCCAGAAGGAUUCUCCCGACAGUAUCCACGAGGAAUUCUCACACUUAUCGACACGGAAUAUAGCGGAAUCGUCCUGUGGGAGGCGCCGAUUCAGGAGUUGGUGAUUGGAAAGUACCACGAGUAUGAUGUUGUGCUUGAUAUGAACGCCAAUAAGCCGGGAGAUUUGGUCGUGAUACUGGACCACGCCGUCGUGCAAUUCUUUUACCAUCUGUUCGGGCUCCGUUACGACAUGCGCAGGGUCUGGGAUGCGGUCAUUGUAAAGGCGCAAGAGAUUGCAGGACCCAUCGUGCCCAAGACGAAGGGUAAAGGGAAAGAGGCGAGUUAUUACUAA